CUUCUUCAAACAUAUCGCAGUCUUCUUUGACUUUGAAACAUGGCUGCGUUUAGAGAGACCUAGGUAACGCCUGCGAUGUUAAUUCUUCGAGCUUUGUAGUCGUAUAUUUCUUCAAAGAGCGGUCGUCCAUACGUUUGACCGGACAUGGCCGAUAAAGAUGUCGGUAAAGGGAAGGACAGCGCCGGGGAAAAAGGAUACAGGACCCCCGGCCUGAGGAGCGCACAGACAACGACUCUGUUCCGAGUUGUCAACCCUGAACUCUUCAUAAAACCUAAUAAACCAGUGAUGGCGUUUGGACUGGUGACCAUCACCUUGUGUGUGGGCUACCUGGGCUAUAUGCACGCAAUGAAAGAAAACGACCAGCAGCUAUAUGAGGCCGUCGACAGCGAAGGAGAAAGAUACAUGAGGAGGAAGACUUCCAAAUGGGACUGAUGGCACAACAUGUUCGAUAACUGUGUGUGUGUGUGUGUGUGUGUGUGUGUGUGUGUGUGUGUGUGUGUGUGUGUGUGUGUGUGUGUGUGUGUGUGUGUGUGUGUGUGUGUGUGUGUGUGUGUGUGUGUGUGUGUGUGUGUGUGUGUGUGUGUGUGUGUGUGUGUGUGUGUGUGUGUGUGUAAGGACAGAGUGAAUUAAAGCCUGACUGGUCUGAAACAAGGACACCUGUCAGCUUUUCUCCAAAUGCUUCUAUUAAACUUCUCUAAUCUGUAAAUACAACUACACUUCCACACAAUAAGAUAACUCUGUGCAAAAUUAAAGGCAGCAGACAUGAUGUUCACUGUU